AUGUAUUCAAAACAACACAAUUUAAACCCCCAGCACCCAACUGGUUUGUUGGAUAUUCUCUGGGAUUUGUCUUGGAUCUUCUGGACCGUGUGGUGCAGGUGUCAAGUUUCGAAAUAUUCACCCAGAUACGUAUACUACAAUAUUUCCCCAAUAUCUUGGGUUUUGAAACCCUCUGGUAAAAAGGUCAAUGUGAUCUAUAUAGCUAGCUAUAUAGCGCUAGCAAUGAGGCCAUAUGGGUUUCAAGGGCCCACUGGGAGGGUUUUAUGGUCUAGAGAAGAAGAAGGGAGGAGGAGGCAAGCUUUGAAGCCUAGGCCUGAUUUGAUUGUCUCAGCAUAUAAUGAGGAGCUCCAGAUAGUGCCACAAAGAAGAAGAUAG